CAUUCAUCUGUCUUCUCUAAAUAUUUACGUAAAUUUAAUAAAACAAAAACAAAACUAUUCAUAUCAGCCGUUGUAUCUGAAUCAAUAACACAAAUCUGAAGUUGCUACCAGCAUGUUGCAGUAUCAGCAUCCUGACUUUGCAUUAUUCCUGCUUGGUGAACUUCAGAAGCAGCAGCAGGGAAGCAUCUUCUGCGACACACUAAUACAGACAGACGGUGUCUGUGUUCCAGCUCACAGUUGUGUGUUAGCUGCUCUAAGCCCUGUCCUCUCUAGAGUCCUUUCCACUUCCCCUGCUCCACAUGCAGGGCAGAACAGGCUUCUGAGCCUUGAGGCUGUAGGAUCUUGUGUCUUACUAAAGCUAGUUAAGUUCCUGUAUACGGGGGAAAUGGAGAUCAAGAGUCAGAGCGAAUAUGAGGAAGUAAUGGCUGCUGCCUUCAGACUUGGUCUUAAAAACCUUUUUGAAAAAAAGAGAGUGUGUGUGGAAAGAGGAGUUGCGGAUGUUGGGAGAUGUUGGAGAGAGAUCGGUGUACAGACGGAAGAUGUGAAUAGCCAGGAAGGUGAAACCGUGUCUGAGCCAUUAAAGAUACAGAGCAGUGCUCAUCCAGUACGUUCAGUGCAACCUUGUGGCUUGUUGGAGUCUGAUUUGCCAUCAUUGUCGUUAUUUGAUGAAGCUAGUCCAACUAGAGGUUUUAAUUGCACCAGUAAUGCCACUGUUCCUUCCCACGCUGUCGUGACAGAAGUAUCCCUAUCAAAUCAUCAUAAAACAAAGCAUAAGAAGAGGUGGGAAAUGGCAAAGAGAGAAAGCCAAUUAAAAAAAUUAACUCGGCAACAAAUAAAAAUUUCAGGCAAAAACUUCCGGAAACUUUUAGAGGCAGACAACAGGCAAAAAUGUGCUACUGCUGAACAAAAGGAGGCCAAAUUGGACCAGCUUAAAUUAAAGAUAAAACUGAGGAGGAGCGGAGCUUGCUGGGAAAGCAACCUCCUCGUUUCCGUUCAAGGUGAGAGCGAGAAGCAGCUAGAAGAAGUGAAAGAGCGUGGACUUCGAUCUCAGAGCUGCCCACCUAGUGUACUUCCUGGUCAAAGUCUUGGAACUCUCACACCACCGACAGACCUGACUAUUUCACCGUCUAAUUCUUCCACGCAUGCCUCUUCAGAUAAAUGUCUUCAUACCCCACACCACAUUUCUGUCUCUUCCCCUUUGGAUAUACCAAAAUUAUCUUCAAGCCCUCCCCAAGCAGAUGAAUCUGAUGAACAUAUUGCAAAGAUGUUGGACGAUAUGUUGAUGGGUUUAAACAUCCUGCCAUUGAUGCCAAUAGACAGAAAUCUGGAUGAGCAAGACCAGCUAGGUCUUCUUCAAGAUCCAAAAGGUCAGCAGAGGGCUGCUGAGGCAUCGGCUCAAGGUGCUUGUCUUUAUGUACAAAGCUGCGAGCCAGAGAUGAAGGAAUCUGAUGUUAGCAAAACUGCAGUACCAGUUGGGUCACCAGGACAAAGAGAUGAAGAUCACUCAGGCUUUCAAAAUCAGUCAAGAUCCAAUACAUUUGAGCUCCUGACUCAGUCACCUGGACAGGACGACUUGAACAAUGAUAAGAAUCUGGCAACUGUGGCAAGAAACUCCACUCCUUCACUGGUAGAAGAUUUGUUUUUAACCCCAAAAGCCACAACCGCCCUAGCUUACCUUUCUCCUGCAGCAGGUCAAAUGCCAAGGCUUGGUAUGACCAGCAUACUGGAUGACGGGCCAGAUUUCAAACUACUACGAUGCCUUUCCCCCCUUGAAUCAGAUAAGGGAGACAGUGAUGUUCCUACACAAGAAAUAUCACACAGGCAGGACGUAGAAACGCAAAACCUUCCCUUGUGGCUUUCUGAGUCACCACUGAAAUUGGACUUCCCUCUAAGCUCGAUGAUUGAUUCCUCCUACCCACAUCCACAGCCUGACCUCAUCGCCUGCCAAAAUCGAUCGUGCUCUGACCUUUCAGAAAAUCAAGAAUUGAAGACUUCCUUUUCACAAGAUGAUUUAAUGAGUGGGAGUAGUUCAAACACCAUUCAGUAUGAUGUGAAGGAUGCUAGUGAGCACCCAAAGCAGAGAAGGACGAGAAGACAGAGGAUUGCAACUCACAAGUCAAAAGUGAAUGGGGAUACAGAGUGUCAAAACCUAGAGAAUCAGAAUCAAGUUCAACCCCACAGUGAAAACGUUAAGCCAUCAACUUCUAAUGCACGCCGAGUGAGUACCCGAAUUAUCAAUGCAAACAGAAAAGUAGCUGCAGGUGUGAAGAGAAGAAGAGACAUUUCUUCACCUCUCAGUAAGAAAAUGCCUCGUACCACCAAUAAAAAAUAUGAAGAUGUUUUACCUAAAUCAAAAGACACUGGUAUUGUGAAACGUGGUCGUGGCAGACCCCCAGGAUCCAAAAAUACUUCCGUAGAUCCCCAAAAAUACUUGUGCAACAAUGCAAAGAAAUUGCCUACGUCAGGACAAGAUGAUUGUGAAGUGAAAAAAACUACGACGGACAGUGAGAUUGAACAGGUUAAUAAGCAAGAACCAAAUACACAGCAGGAGAAAGACUCAACAGAAAUGGAAGAAACAGAUGUUAACAGCAAUUUGGCACAGACAACCCCAAAUUCUCACUUAAAAUAUGCUGUUCAGGCGAAGGGACCAAGUAUCCUUGAUCAAAUUUUACAUCAGACUCUUCCAACUGUUGAAAGCCUCGCUUGUAGGAGUUCUCCGAAUAUUGAUCAGCAGCUAACAUCAAGUUUGCGAGACACGUCUUUUCGCCUUCAAAAAUUCCGAGGAGGGAAAAGUGAAGAUGAGAAUAGUAAAUUAGUGGUGAAUAGCAGUGAACUGAUCGAAAAGGGCAUUUGUGGUAAGAAAAAAGCAGAGACUUCUAUGCUGAGAAACGAGAAGGAAGAUAUGGAGGUAUCUGACAACCAAGUAGGGUCACCGUUGUCAUGUGGAGACAUGCCAGAAAACGUAAAAUAUUCGGUUAAAGAUGGAGAAACGGCAACUGAGGUUACAGCCACUGUGUUACAGAAUAGUGAUUCCCAAAAUGAGAUGGGAAAAGACACUCAGGACCAAACGACUGAGAUUUCUGUCCCGUUCACAGCUGAGGAGGAUAUAAUGAAGGAAAUUAUGAUGCCGGCUGAUGAUAUUGAUGGUGCUGAUCAUGCAAUGUCACCUACAAAGAAAGACUGCAUUGUUUCUUCCAACGAAUUGACAGUGAUCGAGGGAAUAGAAAGGAAUUUCCGUAUGAAUCCUGAUAGUACACCAGAUGAACAAAACUCUGAAGCUACAGUUUCUAAUGAGUGUUCAUUUGAGUUGACAUCAGACAUGGACAAAGACGUUCAGGCAGCAAAUAGUGUUAACACCCAGGAGGAUAGCUGGGUGGCCGACUGUUUAGAGAAAGAGGAGGAUUCAGGUGGGAGCAAAGCGGUUCAGAUGAUUGAAGAAACUAUGGAAGGAGAAGAAACUGAAUUUCGGAGGGCAAAUGAAUUUGUAGAGGAAAAUGCUUUGCUUGCUUCAGAUGAUGGGUGUGGGGAAACCACUAAUGGGUUGGAUGAUGAUGAAAUUGAUGUGGAGGGGGACCAAUACAGUGUUGAGAUGAUUGAUGGACAGACCCUUCUGGAAGAAGAUGAAUUGAGUAAAGGACACAUCGCAAGUGCUAAGACUGCAGAUGAUGCAUCAAACAGAGCUCUGAAACUUAGAAACACACAGGAAAUAAUAGGCAGAGAUGCUCCUUCUGUCCAGACUGAAGUAUCCCUUCACAGCCCCAAAGUGUGCAGUGAAGAUAUCUUAACGGUGAUGUCCAAUUCAGAAUCAGGAGAUGACUGCCACUUAGAUGAAGAAGAUAUUGAAGUAGAUGUUGUAGAGGAGUCCGUAGAAGAUCCAUUAGGGCUUUUGGUGGCCAGACAGGUUGUCACACUGCCUGCUGAGGGUCUAAUGGACCAAGAGGAUGAGUUGGAUGCCACUGAAGAGGAGGAGGUAGAUGUCACUGGAGAAGAGACAGAAUGAUUUUUUAUGUUUAUGUUAAGAAUACAUGUUUAGCAUUUUGAAGCCAAUAGCAGAUGUUUGAGCCAAGUUCUUAACCAAAGGUUUAAUAUAUCAAAUGGUGGGAAGAAUUCUCUCUUUUUUUUGUCAAUUUGAUCUUACUUAUGUGAAUUAGCCUGUCAAUUCAUUCAAUUUAUUUUUGAUC